CAGUUAGUGAGUUGCCGACUGACGGCAAUAUUUACGGACUAUGAGUUAAUAUACGAUGGAUGGUUGAUAAAGAUGACAAUGUGAGGUAGAAAGGGACUGAUAGAACCAUGACGUCCCCUAAAGCAAACAAUCCCCUCACCCCAAAUAUGCAGGCAGUAUUUGCCAAGUGGGAGGGGCGUGGUCCAAGAAUGAGGGAUGGAGAUGCAAGGACUGAGAGUCAGAUUAAAUGGGACCAGGUUGGGCAACUAGCUGAGAAAAUAACACAAGAGGGAAGAGCCAAGUGGAGAGAACGUUAUGGAGAUAGUAUCCAGCCAGCCACACACAGGCGAGCUAAACAAAGAAACAGAAGACAGGCAGCUCUAACUAUGGAGGAGGUAACGAACAAUGCAAUAGCUGAGUUUAAGAGUAAACCCAUGAUCACAGCAGAGAAUUUGCUUGUCACUCGACCCUACAUGGGAAAUGUUUGCUCCUGUAUGCCUAACAGUCAGGUGGAUUUCAGUACGGUGGAGGCUGUAAAAAUGGGAUUUAGGAAUAUUCUGGAUUUAGAAAUGAGGGGAAGAAAUUGGAAAGAGAAAUAUUUUGCUAACAUUGUGUAUGCUGUAAGAAGGCGGACAAAAUAUGUUUACCCAGAUGUCAGUUCAUCUGUCCUAAACCAUCCUAGGGUUAAUGAAGCAAUAUGCCAGGAAGAUGCUGAAUAUACAGAUGAUAAAAAAAGAGUAAUAAGUUCAGAGAAGAGAGCAAAGAGGAUCUUAGAUGUGAUGAAAUCCACCAUUACAGGAAAAAUAUCAGGGAUUGUUGCUUGGAUUCUGACAAAGAUUUUUCCCUCAAUUUUACGUGCAAUAUUGGUUCACAAAGGCCAAAUAGAUGUUGUCAAAAAAGCUUCUGAGAGAGGUGUUCCUGUGAUCUAUCUACCACUUCACCGCAGUCACCUAGAUUAUGUCCUGAUGACCUUCAUCUUCUGGCAUUACAAGAUUCAGAGUCCUUAUGUUGCAGCCGGAAUUAACCUGAACAUUCCAUUCUUUGGACCAUUCAUGAAGAGUCUUGGUGGAUUCUUUAUUCGUAGAAAACUUGAUAAAAGCAAUGGGAAGAAAGAUAUGCUGUAUAGGUCUAUUUUGCACAUUUAUAUUGAAGAAUUAUUGAGAAAUGGUCAGAGUAUGGAAUUUUUCUUGGAAGGAGGUCGGAGCCGAUCUGGAAAAUCUUACCCUCCGAAAGCUGGCCUCCUGUCUGUCAUACAAGGAACACUUUGCAGUGGACUUGUAGAGGAUGUAUACAUUGUUCCUGUUAGUAUCAAUUACGAGAAGUUGAUGGAUGGAAAUUUUAGUACAGAGCAACUGGGACUGGCAAAGAAGCCAGAAACGUUUUUUGGAGCUGUAAGAGCUUUACUUAAAGUUUGCAGAACACAUUAUGGAAGUGUCCGAGUUGAUUUCUGCAAGCCUUUUUCUCUCAAGGAAUACCUGCAAAAUACUCAGUCUUGCCAAUCUAGUGUUCAAGGGAGUGAACCUAACUCAGAAGGGGAGCUCUCUGCAGAUUCGGACCUAUCUACCUCGCCUGUGAUACGGAGACAAGGGAGUGUCUCCUCUCUGUAUGGUUCUGACAUAGGGAAUGACAACAGACAAAUUGUUCAAGAUCUUGCAGAACACAUCACUUACACAAGCACAAACAGUACAGCGCUGAUGAGUACCAAUCUCCUGGCAUUCCUUUUGCUGAAAAAACACAGACAGGGAGUGAAGAAAAGUCAGCUAGCAUUAGAUUUGGAGUGGUUGAUUUCAGAAUUGAAAGUUCGUCAGAGGGACGUAGGAUUUACAGGGGAGGCGGAGACAGUGAUUCAAUCUGCCAGUCUUCUGUUGGGGGAACAUUUAAUAACAAGAACAAUGGAACCAGAUUCUACUGUAGAAUUUUACAAAGCCAGUAGUGAAUUACCUGCCAUUGUGGAGCUGAGUUACUAUAGUAAUGCUGUAUUGUCAGCCUUCCUACUGGAGAGUGUGAUAUCCUGUGCCAUUAUUUAUUGUUGUGAUGUGUCACUUGACAACACUCCUGGACACGAGACCUGCUCAGCAACCAGAGAGGAGGUUCUAGAAACUGCCAUAGAAAUUUGUCAGCUGCUUCAAUAUGAAUUCAUAUUUGUCUCGCCAUGCAAACAAUUGGAGGAGGCCCUUGGAGAUGAACUUGAUCAGAUGAUAAGCAUGGAAGUUGUUCAAGUCAAGGAAAUGCUUUGUGAUGACCAGUACAGUAUGUAUGAGAAGGGCUGGGCCCAGAGACUCUCUAACACUAUGGCCUGGAGGGAUGAAGAGGAAGAUGAGGAGGAGAACUUUACUUUCCAGCAGACUUGUCAGGUUAACACAAACAGAGCAGAUUGUAUGGAGAAGUUGAAGUUUUAUCAUCAGAUACUGGCACCGUUUAUAGAGUCUUACUGUAUAACAGCCUGUCAGAUAAGCAAAUGCCUGCACACUCAGCUUCUGGAGAGUGAAUUUAUCCACAUUAUUCACUCAGAAGCUAAAAGGAGGGUCCAUGAAAAACUGGCAUCAAAUGAGGAGAGUGUUGUCCUAGAUUCUUUGAAGAACUCCCUGAAGUCUUUCAGUGACAUGAAAAUUAUCGACAUUUACUGUGUAGGAAAUCUAAGAAUGGUGGAACUUCAUGAUCAUUUUGAAGUGAAAGAAAAACUCGAUAAAUAUGUAGAGCUGCUUGAAAUCUUGAAGGGUUAACUUUAAUAUUGACUUAAGAGUGUGGGAUUCUUUGGAUUUCUGAAUUUUGAAGUGUAGUAAUAGUACAUGUGCAGUGAUGGUUGUAUGUAUUAAUUCAGGGAGUUUAUGUAUGAAAUAACUGUUACAAUAUGACAAAUCCAUGGUUGUUACGUGUUAGUAUGGAUAGAAAUAUCAUAUUCAUGCAUCAUUUAAAUUGACUGAAAGACAGUGAAAGCAUGAAUUUUGAUAAACAGUGUUGGAAAGCAGAAUGAUGUCAGAGGCCUUUAUAAUGAUGACAGAGGCCUUUAUGGUUCUGUUGAUGCCGAUACCCUUAGGAGGGUUUAAAUGUGUACAUGACUGUGUGUAUUUCUCUAUUAAAUUACUUUGUUACAAAGAAA